AUCGAAAUUGCCUGACAAGUGACAAGGCCAAUACCAGCUAAAAAAAAUGUUAUUAAACCCCACAGAUUGUACAGAUAAUUUGGAUUCCUUCCAGUCGCUAAAGAACAUGAAGGAAUCAAGGAGUUUACUAUGUUCGAUAUUGCCGCAGCGUGUUAUACUAUCUAUAAUGGGGACGCUUGCAAUAGCAGCUGCCUAUACUAUUCGAUCAUGUAUAUCAAUGGCAAUCACUGAAAUGGUUGUUUCUGUCGACGAUGGAAAUCACAAAGGCAAAGCUGAAGAAUUUCUAUCCAGAGCUGGCACAAAAUAUAAUUGGACUCAAACGCAGCAGCAAGCAAUUUUGAGUAGUUUCUACGUCGGUUACGUGAUUUCACAUAUUCCCGCAGGAUUGAUUGCCGAGAAAUUUGGUGGCAAAUGGACUUGCUCGUUAGGCGUUUUAUUUAUGGCAAUUUGCAAUGCUUUCACUCCCUUGACCAUCGAAUAUGGUGGAUGGAUGGCAUUAAUUGCCAUUCGCAUUUUGGUCGGCCUCGGGGGAGGAACGACAUAUCCAGCUCUGGGUGUUCUGCUGGCCUCUUGGGUUCCACAGAAAGAAAGAGGAAAACUUGGAUCGUUUGUGCUCGGCGGUGGUCUGAUUGGCAGUAUGUUAUCAAAUUAUUUUUCUGGUUUAAUUUUGAAAACCUACACAUGGGAAAUGGUAUACUAUUUCUGGAGUAUAGUUUGUGUCGCAUGGUUCAUCCUAUUUACUUUAACUUGUAGCAAUGACCCUGGAUCGCAUCCGUUCAUCACAGAAAAAGAGCUGGCUUAUCUAAAAAAAGAAAUGGGUCAGACCAAACGAGACGAUGAUACGCCGCCAACUCCAUGGAUAUCAAUUCUCACAAGUGUUCCAGUUUGGGCAAUGGCCAUCGGUUUGAUUGGUCACGAUUGGAUUUUCUACAUCAUGUCAGCUGACAUGCCAAAGUAUUUCAAAGACGUGCUAAAACUUGACACUGCCGACAAUGGUCUUUAUAGCUCACUGCCCUUUUUGUGUACGUGGAUUGUGUCGAUCUUGAGCGGUUUCCUAUCCGACCUUCUGAUCACCCGUGAUAUUGUGUCAAUUACGAAUGCGCGCAAAAUCUUCUCAACUUUGGGAGCCAUUUUCCCAGCAGUUUUUCUCGUCGCUGCAUCAUACGCUGGGUAUGAUAAAGAGAAGGUCAUACUUAUGUUUACAUUGUGUAUGGGUUUCUUGGGCAAUUUUUUCACUGGACUGAAGGUCAAUGCCUUGGAUUUGAGUCCAAAUUAUUCGGGCAGUUUGAUGGCUCUUACGAAUGGUUUGGCUGGAAUGGCGGGCGUUGUUGUUCUCCCAAUCGUUGGUGUAAUGACUCCUAAUUCAUCACUCGAAGAAUGGCGUUUCGUAUUUUGGAUUACACUCGGUUUCACUAUUUUAAGAAGUGUGAUCUAUAUCGUCUGGGGCUCAGCCGAAAUACAGCCUUGGAACCACAGACCAGCAAGAAAUGUGACACCAGAAUGCGGUAUCAAAGUUGAUUUGAUGAAAAAAGACAAAGAAAACCAAAACAACCAAAGCUGAUACUUUUUUUUAACCUAAAUUAAAAAGUAGAAGAUAAAUUACCUCUGUUUACUAGAUAUACCUAUACCUAAGUUAAGAUAUUGUCAAGUCAGCUGUGUACUUACCUUUUUUUUUCUAUGGAAAAAUCCACGAAAAAUAAAUAAUUCAAUAAAUUAUGAAUAUAAUUAAUACUCAGAAGAGAAAACAGAA